AUGGUCACUGUUCUCCAGCUAGGGCCCAACACGGACGGCUUUCUUUCUCCUCUGGAACGGGCUUUCGUGGUAAUCGAGAGCGCCUCGAAAUCGCUCGAAGCUUCGAAGGAUGAAAUCAGCUCAUGGAGUAGUGGAAGAUCUCCGAGGUAUCGACAUAUCGGCUCCUCGGAACCGGUAUCCCAGCUUCGAGAAAGGCGGCUUGCGACAAACUUCCUAGAAUGCGAUAUCUCUGUCAGUCCGAUCAGCACUUCGGCGAUGAACAACGCGCUGGUGGUUCCAAGCCGGCCGAACCUCCAAGAUUUUCUUUGCUCGAACGUGGCAUACUUGACGCAUAUGAAAAGGCAGGAUCGUCGGGUCUCACCUACAGUAACUGUUCGAGGCGAAAAGGCGCUGGAGUGUUCUCUCAAUAUCGAUGUCAUCACUGGUGGAACGCAGGGGGACACAAAAGGCUUCGAUCGAUCAAUCGGAUUUGUCAACAUGGGAAAUCCAUCUUCGGUGGAAUAUACCUGCGCAAAGUCACACGGUAGAAAGCCUAUUUCGAAUCGCUCUUUUCGUGGAGCCGUUGGAGACAUCAAGAUUCAGCCUUAUGUCGUAAAGUUACCUCGAGCUCGCCAACAUCCGAACCCUCCGCAAUUACGCAUCCACGCGACACGCGAGCGCCUCAACGUCGUCGAUCGAGAAACACCUCUAGCCUCCGACUAUCUGCCUCACGGACGCACGAGGCCCCGGUUAGGAAUUGCUGGCAAUCACUCGAGUGGAAAAGCUUUCGGAUCCCCAACUUCUUCGACUGUUCCCAUCAUUCGAAACCCAGGUUGUCGCGCUACGAAGGGAUGCUAG